AUGAAUGAGAGGACCAAGAGGAAAUCUCAGCUGUAUUCUUGGCCCAUAUGGGCUGACCUUCCUGAUGAGCUACUUGUCAAGAUUUGCAAAUGCCUCAAAUACUCAUUUCAAGUUGGCCAUUUUCGUGCUGUUUGUACCUCUUGGAGAUCCGCAGUUCCACGUCCCCCUUGUAAGAAACCCUCGACUGGAUCUGCAGCAAUCACGACUGAACCCUCUAAGAAACCUCAUAGAAAAUACAUCAGAAGAUUGGUUUACCGGCUUGAACUUCAACAACUUCCACCUUCAUCUUCAUCUUCAUCUUCAUCUUCAUCUUCAUCAUCACCACCCACCAGCUAUUUGAUAGCCGUAGAGGAACACUUUGGCGAAGACAGCCAAAGCCAACGUCUUCGCCUCUUGAACCCAAUCACUGGAACUCCUAUAUCCUCAACACCAUCAAAUUUCCCUAAAGAGAUUCAUUUGAACAAAUUCCGUGUCUCUGUACUGCAUAAAUCUAACCUCUUUUGGCACAAUAACGAUUAUCGUUCCAAUAAAGCUGUUUGUCUUUCUGCACGCAGCCGAACCUGCAAUGGACGAAAUGGAAAAGCGGUUGCUAUUCUUACCAAGAGCGGGAAAUUGUGUUUAUUCACACGUGAACCAAGAGUGAAUGUAGUAUUAAAUGAAUUGAUGGACCGUCCUCUUCCAAACCACAAUCUGGACAAGCCUGUUUAUCACGACGUGGUGAAGUACAAGGACAAAUGGUGCGCUGUUGACCAAUACGGUUGUGGGGUUAUAGUUGAUUCUUCUUUGAACGUGACCCUAGUUACAAAUCCUCUGUUUCUCCCAACCAGGGAUGAUUUUUUUGGUAACCACAAGUCAUACUUGGUGAGGUCAUCAAGGGAUACAGAUCUAUUUCUAGUGGACAGAUACUUGGAUAAAUCCUCGGUGCAAACAAAAUACGAACAAUAUUGUACAUCUGAUGUUACAAAGGAAGCAGUUUAUGACAUGGCAGUUAGAUUCAGAGUGUAUAAACUUGAUGAGGAGGAGCAUAGUUGGAGGAAGGUUACAAGCUUGGAUGACCAAGUCAUAUAUUUUCCAGGAUGUAGAGGAAAUAUGAUUUUCUUCACAGAUCAAUUCAGGAGAGCUGAGAAUGGAGAUUUUCAUGAUUUUUGGGAUGAGCUAAAACAUGAGAAUGGCUACUCACUUGGGGGAUUUCAUAUGGAGGAUGCAUUUCUUGGGCCAAUGGCAUGUUUCCCUGGUUACACUGAUUUUUUCUGGCCACCUCCUAAUUGGCUCAGCUGA